AUGACCUUUGCUGAAAAGGAGCUGGGUCCCAGGCUGGACCUCCAGUAUUUGUCCAUCUCCAAAGCACUGAGUGUAACUGGUAACGAACUCCCUGAAGUUGAUCAGGAAAAUGAGAAGGUCUGUGUCAGUGACAUCGGCCCUGACAUCCAAGGUUCUACUUCUCCAGGCCCAAUGGAUACCAGAAUUUCAGGCCCAAUGAGAACAGAAACUGCUUUCAUCCUGCCCCAGCACAUGACGGAAGCAGGAGAACUAAAACCUCAACUGAAGCUCCUGCUCUCCCAUUUCAAUAUCCCAUACGACGUGGAGGAGCUAAGGAACUCUGCUAAGGAGAUGGAACUUUUUUCCUUGGUUUCCCAAAAAUUUCAAAGCAUCUUCAAGGAACAACAGAGAAUGCAAACAUUUCCAGACUAUGAUGCUGGGAUAGCUAAAGCUGAAGACAUGGGUUUGGCAGGACUUGGUAUGACCCUGAAAAAGAGAUCCAACUGGAUUUCCUUUAUAAAGAUUAAACCAACAAGUGAUCCUUGGCAGAAGAAGUUUUUGACCAAACUAAAAGAACGGAAAAGAAUAGAUGUAUUAAUGCAACUCCAAGCAAAGUUUUUGAAGGUAAGAAAAUAACCAUGGUCCCUUGUAGAUAAGAUUAUUGCUGAAAUCAUUCUCAGAAAAUUGUAUUUUCUUUCACCUUUUAAUAUUUUUGGCUUGGAUUCACUAUGCAGCCUUUAUGUGAAACUUUCUGAUCUAAUUGUCAAACUUUUAUAAUCUUGUCAGCUUUCAGGAGAGAAUGAAAAUUGUCAAGAGAGCUGGAUUUUAGCACUAACUUCUGUGUGAUACUGGUCUA